AUGACCGCGUCUCAGGACAAAACGUGCAAGCCCGUGGCGACGUGGGUGAACGUUUGCCGUCAAGAUUUCGCGUGUCUCGUUGCCAUCGCUUUCCUCGUUCUUUACGUCCUCUUUGGUGUUACGCCAACUCUCAACGCCAUCAAGUGGUGUCACCGAAUAAUUACUGGCAAGCCAAAGGACUUACCAAAAGACAUUGAAGACCCUGAGCCGGAAUACGAGGGACAGGACCCGUAUCACUCACCCACACAGCUGCUGAAGCGAUUCAUCUCGCGCUACUCGGACGCGCGCACUACCGUACCACCCACAACAUACCUCCCCGUUCUUCCAAAAACGUCUUCGCCUUUAUCUUAUGCUUCAUCUCGUCGUCGAUCGGUCCCGCUCCACAACAACCCCCAGGACCGCCUCCGGCUCGCGCAAUUCCAGUUCCCGGCGACGCGCCGCAGUUCUGUCGCUCCUGCCCUAGAAUCUGUCCCCGACUUGUUUUCACCCUCUGUACGGUCCUCGCGGUGCACGACGGACACGGAUCUAGAGACGCUCGACGGACUCGUCCUUGGCAAUGAAGGUCGGCGCAAGUCUUUCCUCGACGCCAGCGAUUACUCUGCCCUGGCAUUUGUAGACAUCGACCUGCAGGAGAAAUCGCCUGCCGGCUCUGAGGCUAUGUACUUGCCCAACAUCCCACCUCCUGCUCAUCUAGAUCUUGACUGGCAAAUGGAACCUGAACGAUUCGAGUAUAACUCUGCUUGACUAUAUGUUGCUCUGCUGUCUCUGUCUUC